AUGUGGGUAUUGAAACCAGGAACCAUCUACUUUUCGAAUGUCCGUGGAGCUGGUCAAUCUGGAGUCUCCAAGCGAAAAGAUGCUUCGAUCUACUGGACUUGGCAUGGGAGGAAUGCGCGAUUGCAUCGACAGAUCUUCUGCUCAAAGGAAUCAAUCAAUGCUCAGAUCGAUCGCCAGAUUAGAAACAGAAUAGCAAGCUUCAGGGAGCGAAACCCAGGUCUAGCAUCCAAGCUGCUCCAACUAUGGCUCUCUACAGACAGCGUCAGAUGA